AUGGCGCCCCCCGAGAACGAGCGGAGUAAACCCAGACGGCAGCCCUCAUCCAGACCUCCGCCCGCCUCAGAGGCCGUGGUGACGGAUGGCUUCGUUCUUCCUACCCUCGAAGUGCCUCCCGAUGCGCCUCCAGCAUAUGGAAGUCAUCAUGACCAGCUCCAGUUCUCGCGGACAGGAUUUGAGGCUGGGGCGGCUGUAACAGGCGACGGGAGAGUCAACAUUAGUAUCAACACCAAGAACAAGAGACUGGCAGAGCUUCUUGCACCAAGCAUCGCCAGCCAAAUUGCUGCCCAACCGUCACUACCACCGGUGUACAAAUUGCCCAGUCUCGCAGGCGAGCCUGGCAAGGAACCUCCCCCACGGCUCAACGUGGUUAUCCAAAUCGUUGGAUCGCGUGGCGACGUCCAGCCGUUUAUUGCUCUUGGAAAGGUCCUUAAGGAAACGUACGGCCACCGAAUCCGUAUCGCCACGCAUGCGACUUUCCAGACCUUUGUCGAAGAGAAUGGCCUCGAGUUCUUCAGCAUAGGGGGGGACCCCGCUGAACUCAUGGCUUUCAUGGUAAAGCAUCCAGGUCUCAUGCCCGGUUUGGAUGCCUUGAAGAGCGGCGAGAUCAGCAAGCGCCGGAGAGGUAUUCAGGAGAUGAUGCUUGGGUGCUGGAGAUCUUGUAUCGAGGCAGGAGAUGGACUCGGACCGCCACCCGAACCACAUAGGAGACUUGAGCCUUGGGAUCCAUCAGCAGGCAUGCCUGGAGAUCCGAACCAUCAGCCGUUUGUGGCUGACGCCAUCAUCGCAAAUCCACCUAGCUUUGCUCAUAUUCACGUCGCGGAGAAACUUGGAAUUCCUUUACACAUGAUGUUUACAAUGCCUUGGUCACCUACACGAGCGUUUCCUCAUCCUCUUGCGAAUAUUCAAUCUUCGAAUGCCGACGAUGUCCUCACUAACUACUUGACCUACACGCUUGUGGAAAUGAUGACAUGGCAGGGACUGGGGGAUGUCAUUAACCGAUUCCGCGAAAGCGCAUUGGAUCUCCCCCCCCUCUCACUCAUCUGGGCCCCAGGGCUUCUUAACAGGCUCAAGAUUUCUUAUACUUAUUGUUGGUCUCCAGCCUUGAUCCCGAAGCCAAACGAUUGGGGUCCACACAUCGAUGUUGCAGGAUUUUACUUUUUGAAUCUGGCAUCUUCAUAUACUCCAGAGCCUGACCUGGCUGCUUUCUUGGAGGCCGGGCCUCCUCCCGUAUAUAUUGGUUUUGGUUCUAUUGUGGUGGAUGAUCCAAAUGCCAUGACUAGACUGAUACUGGAUGCUAUUCAUCUUGCUGGCGUGCGCGCUCUAGUUUCGAAGGGAUGGGGAGGCCUGGGAGUCGAUGCGGUAGGAUUACCUGACGGUGUCUUUAUGCUUGGAAACGUCCCUCACGACUGGCUCUUUGAAAGAGUCUCUUGUGUUGUCCAUCACGGCGGCGCUGGAACGACUGCAGCUGGUAUCAAAGCCGGCAAACCCACUAUUGUGGUUCCAUUCUUUGGUGACCAGCCAUUUUGGGGAGCCAUGAUUGCGAGAGCCAAGGCCGGACCUGAUCCAAUUCCUCACAAGACCUUGACGGCUGAGAAACUUGCUGAGGCGAUUAAAUUCUGUCUUCGGCAAGAAACCCAAGACCAAGCUCAAGCACUUGGUCGCAAGAUUCGAGAGGAAAAGGGUGCGGAAGCUGGAAGCCGAAGCUUUCAUAACCACCUCGAUAUUGAUUCGCUUCGCUGUUCAAUAGCUCCCAGUCGAGCUGCCGCUUGGCGUCUGAAUCAGAGGAAAACAAAGGUGCGACUUAGUCCUCUGGUGGCGGCUGUCCUCGUCGAACGACGUCUUCUGAAAUACUCAGACCUCAAGCUAUACCGCCCAUACGAGUAUAUUACAGAAGAUCAGCCCCCCGACCCAAUCACCGCGGGCGCAACGUCUCUGGUGACUGAUAUUAGUGACAUAGGUAUGGCUAUAGUGGACAUGCCUUUGGAUAUAUUCAAAAGCCCCAGGAAAGCUAGAGAACGGUGCGAUGCGGCCAGUCAAGCUAGCGGCGAUGAGAGCGAUACAGGAUCAAAACCCAAUUCGAUUCAAGAGCGCUCUGGUAGGAAAACCCCAACGGCCACCAGCCAGGCAGAUUCUACUGGCGACUCAAACGCUGCAGCACCGCUUGCCCAUUCCCCCUCAUUACCGGCUGAAAUGAAUCGGACGCGAUCUCCUACCGUCGAUAGCGCAGGAAGCCGGUCAUCAUCCCGCCGCAGGGCGAUUUCUGCAGCGGCAACCAUGGAGGCCGCAGUGGGAACGAGCAAAAAUGUUGGGCGUAUUGUGACUACCGGAGUCAAAUCCCCCAUGAACUUUUGUCUCGGCCUCGCAAAAGGGUUCAGGAACAUUCCACGACUGUACAAUGAUGAUACUGUUCGAGAUAUUGAAAAGGUUACAGACUUUAACAGUGGCGUACGGGUCGCGAGCAAAGAACUUGGCUUUGGUCUUUACGAUGGAAUCUCGGGGCUAUUAACACAGCCAAUGAGAGGGGCGCAGAAAGAAGGUGCUGCUGGUCUAAUCAAGGGUGUCGGAAAAGGCAUCGGAGGACUUAUCGCGAAGCCCGCGGCAGGUUUCUGGGGUCUCCCAGCUUAUGUGAUGCAAGGCGCCUAUGCUGAGCUUAACAAAUUUUUAUCAAGGAGUGUGCAGAACUACAUCAUCACCUCAAGGGUUGUUCAAGGCGAACGGGAUCUGCAGAAUGCAUCCGAAGGAGAAAAGGCUGAUAUUAUUAGUCGCUGGAAACAGGAUGCUGAUUUGGCGAGCGUAUACCAGAAAAAUGCAAACAGUCAGGAACGAGAGGACUCUCGAGCCAGGUCUGGAGGCGGAUCAAGCUCUUGGCGCUUUUCUCCCCAAGAAGCACGCCGUCAACUGGUUGCUGCUCUGUCAGAAUCGAAGCCGCAGCAGAAGCCAGGCCGGACCGCAAGGCGCUCGUACUCCCCCGUUCCGAGAACCCCGGAUACUGCAUCCGCUAUCGAUACAGAGUACGAGGCAGCUAUAAGGGCUUCAGUCGUGGAGACUUCUCGUGGAGAUGCAGAAGAAGACGCCAUGAUUGAAGCGGCUAUUCGUGAGAGUGUCAAAGCUAUGCGACAGCAAGGCUCUCUGCCCGAUCCCGUUCGCCUGCCUUUGGAUAGCAAGCAUCAUGACAUUUUCGAGGAUGAGGAGUAUAAGAUUACGGAUGAAGAAUAUCAGAACCUCAUUGAGCAGGCCAUUCGCGAAAGUAUGAUUGGACACGUUGGCGAUUUCUCUUUGCCAUCAGCAUCUGGUGCUCAGGAGCUCGACGCUGUGGAUACCGCCAUCCCAGCUCAUGGCGACGAACCGCGCAGCAGCGCCUCGGUGCUAACUCCGACUAGCGAUGAGGAUGCAGAUUUGCAACGUGCCAUUGAAGAGUCUCGCAAGGUGCCUCCUACUCUUCCACCGCGCACUUCGCCAUCUCAAGAACAGGAGGACGGUGAUGAGGAUGAGCACUUCCGCAGAGCUAUUGAAGCUUCUAAAGAUGAGAUGGAGAGGGCACGGCACGAGAGAACGGAGGAAGAAAUUGUGAUGGAAUAUGUCAAAAAGCAAAGCCUCGCUGAGGAAGAGUUUAGGAAGCAGCAGCUGGCUAAAGGGAAGGGCAAAGAAGUAUCCGAAGCGACAAACGAUGGUGACGAUGAUGAUGAAGAGCUGAAAAAAGCCAUUGAGGAGAGCUUGAAGAUGAGCGGCGGAAGUAGUUCAGCACAACCGAGCUCUUAA